GACCCACGGGAGCGCUGCAGAAAUACCCACAGGGCUCAGGCUGCUGCCCGUGCCGCUGAGCCAGGGACACCGCAGCAGGUUGGAGCACGUUCCCUCCCUCCCCUCCUUUAGAAACGCUUUCCUUGCAGGCAGAUCUGGCAGUACAGCACUGGAGACAGUUCAGUUACCCACAGGCUCUCCAGGGGAAGCCCUCCAAGACAUCGCGGGGAGCUUACGCAGAACCCCACAACUGCCUUUCGUGCUGGUUGCACUGGUGACUCUGCUCCUUUUACACUUGACUUCAGAGGCUGCGAGUGUCGCUGUUGUACCACCACAAGCUGCAGGGAUGGAGCUGGCCAGGCUAUGGACACCUGCUGAACCAGCAGAGAGCUGAGCUUUCACACUACACACAGAACUAGCUAUCCCUGCUGCAGUCCAUCUCUGUACCCCUGUAAACAGAGCCUGAGCAAGGCAGAGGACAUCAUGUAUCAGGCCAGGACACCCCACUAAAAAGAUCUUCUGGGCACAGCUGUCGGCACAUGCUUCUCCAGCAAAAACCCAUCUCCUUUGCACACACGUGUGUCAGAAGCAAUAGCUGCCUUCACGCAGUACAGGCAUACAGAAGCAGUGUAGCUGGCAAGACCGGCCUUUUAGAGGGUUUUGUUCGUUAACAGCAGGAUUUCCCUCAUCAAAGGCAAUGGAUUACAGAACAUUACCUGUGAAUAAAUGGGAUGAGAACCAUGUCCAAUGUUGGCUAGAAUCUACUGGAAUCAAGAAAGAGUAUGUAGAAAAACUGUAUGCGGAAGAAGUGACGGGUCCAGCGCUAGUGGAACUGGAUGACUCCUUCCUCAAAGGCAUAGGUAUGAAGGGAGGCCAAAUCCACAUGCUAAUCCGCAAGAGAAACGAACUUCUGCGGCUACAGGAAAAUGCACAGCAAGCCAAGCAUUCCAGCAGCGAAACGUCCGACAGAACCGAUGUGCAAACAGAUCCAGUAAGACCCAGCAAUGCCCCCACUCAAAAAACUUCAAGCGGAGACAGCUGUGGUCCAGUAGAUAAAACUAGCAAAGACAACACAGCUUCUACUUCUGGCAAGAGGCAAAGGAGAAGUAACAACUCCCAACUUAAAAGUACUGAUGAAGUUUUAGAGCUCUGCAACUGUCGACCAUUUAGGAGUCAGAAUACCGAUUUCAAAUAUGUGAAAGACAAAGUUCUUGAUCCAGAAUCAGGAGUCAAUGGUUUAAUCACUCCUUGCCAUGAAUACAAAUCUUUUGCCAUUGCUGCAGAACUGAACAGAAAUCAACUGCAAUCAAAAUUUGCCUGCGAAGUGAUACGAUUUGCUUCAGCCUGCAUGAACAUUCGAACAAAUGGCACCAUACAUUUUGGUAUCACGGACAGAGUUGAAGAUAGCGGUUGGAAACACGGCCAGAUCAUUGGCAUAAAGGUCAAAGAGCGAGAAUACUACGUUGAUGCGUUAGAUUAUAUAGAAAAAUGUUUUUGUGAAAACGUACAGGAAAUUGCAAGGAAAUGUAUCCACCCACCUGUUUUUGUUGAAGUGAUUUCAAAAGACUCUCAGGAACAAAGAUUUGUGGUGGAGGUUGACAUUGAACCAACAUUCAGUUUAGUAAAAAACAGAUUUUUUGAAGUGUAUUUGCCAAAAUACAAUGAAGGCAGCCAGAAGGUGACCCUGACAAAAGAUCGAGCUCUCUAUCAGAGACUCGGAGCAAAGUCUGAACCCGUGAAGCACAAUGAUCUAGCUACUUUCAUUCAGGGUUUACAAGACAGGGAUGCUCAAAGAGAAAAAGCUGAGCUCUCCAGCACAAAAGCACAUAUGGAAAUAGCUCAAAAUUUAGGAAGAAAGUUAUCCAUUCUACUAAAUGAUGGCAAAAGCUAUAUGGAUGACUCCCUACGGUACAUCCUUGUCACAAACAGAUGUGAAAAGGAUAAUCUGAACUAUAUCAACUUUCUAAUGCACUUGAACAUUUUCUGCGUCUUUGACUUUGAUGAAAAUUCUAAUGUGUCAGGGCUGUAUAGCAAGUACAAAGAACACCAUGCAACAAGGCCGUUUUUUUUACAGGAUUUUUCCAAUGAAAGUAAGACUGGCAACCCUCCCGCUCAGAAACAUUUGUGCCUGUUUGAUCAGACCAGCUGGAUAUUCUGCAAUGGGCGCAGUGAAUUCCUCGGGGAUGAAAAACCUUGUGAUGAAAAUACAUGGAUUAGAACCAAAAAAAAAUACCUUAAGAAAGCAAUUACUCGUAUCUGUGACGAAAUCCUGCCAAAGCGGUCUUUCAUUGUGCUUUUCCUAUUGCUAUCACCAGUGCAGAAACCACUUGUGGACACUUUUCAGGAAUUCUAUACAGAGAUGAAUGGCACAGAGUACAUCGUUUGCAUUGCAGAGUCCAGAGAGAAUUACAUGAAGUGGGCUAAUCUAGCUCAGGCAUCCUGCAGCAUUGAGACACUGGAACAGUGCAGUGUUGUGGGUAUGAAACUAAGCCACGUAGAUGCCACCAUUCAAACAAUGCUGCCUUCUACAGCACAACCCAGACAUCUGCCCGUUUCCACUAGAGGGCUAUGUACACUUCCCUCGCUGGAAGAAGAGAAACUGUUUUCCCUAGAAAUCCUUUGUGCUGACCAAUGUGAUGACAUCAAAUUAGAUCUUUUGACUGAAAAAGAAAUACAAGAAAUAGAACAAAAUUUUUACCGAGGGAGAAAGAUCAUCUGGGAAAACUUCUGGCUUGCUGAUAAAAGACACUGUGGGGAAAUCAUCGAACGCGAAGCAUGUAAGGAUGCUAGCAAACUCCUAGAUGACAUUUUACGAGGAGGCAGACUCAACUAUUCUGUGGCUAAACUGAAGAUAUUUCACCAUCCUGGAAGUGGUGGAAGCACAAUAGCACGGCAAGUCCUGUGGAAAAGAAGAAAGGACUUACGAUGUGCUGUUAUCAAAGUCUCAUACUCACCUGCAACUGUUUGUGAGCACGCACUUGCAUUUAGAGAUUAUGAAGAAAAAGAAAUCAGUCAUUGUCUUCCUGUGCUCCUCCUGAUUGAGGAUUAUGAUGAAGACUAUUUAGAAGAACUAAGGAAUGAGUUAAUGGAUGCUGUAGCAACUAGGAAAAUUAAUUCCCCCAGACCUUACUUCAUCCUCAUGUGCUGUAGACGAUCCAAUGACCCUGAAAGGCUCUGCAAGGCUUCUCCACUGGACACAGUUGCUGUCACUCACAAGCUGACGGACUCAGAGAAAAGUCUGUUCAGAACUAAACUUGAAAAACUGAAGCAGAAAGAUGUCAAGCCAGAAUUCAUACUUACGUUUGUGCUGAUGUGUGAGGAGUUCAAUGAAACAUAUGUGAGAGACUUUGUAGGGCACAUAUUGCAAGACAUAGACCGUUCUUCUCGUGAUACAUGCUUGAUGCGUUACGUGGCUUUGCUUAAUUUUUAUGUACCCAAUUCGUAUGUUUCAUUGUCACACUGUGAGGCUUUUCUGGGACUGGGGGUAUAUACAGAAAGGAAAUCAAGAGCAUACGAUUUCAAAAGUCACUUGAGUGAACAAGCAAGAAUGAUUUUUAUUGAGCUAAGGGAAAGUACCACCUAUAUUUCAUCCGUUCAGAUAAUACACUGUCUGGUUGCAAAAGAAAUUCUGCAUCAGCUUUCAGGGAAUGAACCUCAAAGUCAACUUGCAAUGACUCUUCUUCAGGAAAAGACACUCUUUGAAAACAGAUUUGGACAAGAGGAAUUCAUAAAGUUCAUCAGACAUCUGUUUAUUCGAUGUGAUAAAAGAAGCAGGGGUGACAAUACUGACACUCUCUUCUCCCCAUUCAUUGAACACGUCUGUAAAGCUGAAGACUGUGAAAAAGCUAUCGCUGUUUUAAAAGCUGCCUAUGAACUCCUUGGAAAAGAUCCCUUUUUCGCCCAGCAGCUCGCCAGACUGCAUUACAACAAUGAAAAAUUUAAAGAUGCAGAACAUUGGGCAGGGGUUGCAAAAUUUCAUUUGCCGAAUGAUUCUUUUAUUUUAGAUACAGAAGGUCAAGUUUACAGGAAGUGGUUUAGUUUCACUGUGGAUAAAAUGACAGAGGAGGACACUCCUGAAAGCAUCAUUCAAAAGAUCGAGAUUGCUCUUAAAGCUAUGAAAUGCUUCAGGGCUGCACAACAGGCUGCAAAAGCAGAACGUGACAGUAUGAACAACGCUGGCUAUUUUGGAGAAGUAGAAGUAGGAUGUCGUCUCCUUAGAUUUUUGUCCACAGUCCAUGUAUUUCGCAGAAAUCCAGAGGGGGAAUAUUCCGAGCUUGUGAAAUACCUGAUCACAGAUUACAUUCCUGAAGACAUUAAAAAAGAAUGGGGAAGGCUUCACUCCCGCCUCAAAGGCUUACACCAGAACCUGUACAAUGCUCUGGAAUGGAUUUCGGAAGACCUAAGUUAUUUCCAAACAGAUAAAAACCACGAGAAGGAAGAGGAAGAUGAGAACGAUGAAAAGGAAGAACAGAUUUAUAAUCCUAGAAAAUGGCUAAAGAGACAGUCUGAGGUAUACGCCAAGUUCUUCAUCUCAACAUCACUUAGUGAGGACAGCAACGGCGGCCCCAAGAGCCAGCUGACUAGACGCUUGAAUAUUUAUAAGAGUGGCGGAGGUAGCGUCACUAAUAUCCUGUCAUUCUUAACAGAUAAGAAAGAGCAUAGGUCAGCUGAAAAGCUAGAAAAGAUCCUUAGUUUCUAUACAGAAAACCCACUAAGGGACAGGCUGGAGGACAAUGAUCUGAUCAAUUAUAUUUUGUGCCACAUCACAUUAACAUGCUUAGCACCAGGAUCAGCCAAACUUCUUCCGCUGCAAACUCUUCGUGAGCUCAGUGUAAGAUUCUUUAAAGGAAAAAGACCAUUUCCAGCAAGUGCCCAUUUUUUGCUCACCUUGCUGUACUGGCCAGAUGAGGCAUUAGACAAAGAGCCUAAUCCAGAUAAAGACGAAAUUCUAAACUCAGCCCUUCAAACUCUGAAACGUUUAUAUGACAUCAAGAUGAAAGAUGUUCCUACCAGAAAGAAAAGAAUCUACACCCACUUUUUUCUGGGAAAGGGUUAUGGCUUAGGUAAGAUUGUGCACAAAACUAAAAUUGAGAAGUUAAUUACUGGGUCCUUACACGAGAGGAGAAUGAAGUGGCUACAUGGAAGUGUAUGGAAUACCACCGGAAUUCGUGACAUUCUCAAGAGAGUUUCUGGUUGGACCAAGGACAGAAAUUUAUUUAUACGUGGUCACGUGAAGACAUUUCCUAUCUUGCCACUCCAUCGUGAUUCAGUGCCCCCUGGAAAUGAAAAUGUGACCUUUUAUUUAGGCUUUUCAUUUAAUGGUCUUUGUGCUUUCAAUAUUGAGGUUGAAAAUAGCCCGAUUGUCAGCAGAAUACAAGCUAUUUAGUACAUUAACAGUACCUACUGUGCUGUUACAAGAUAUGGCACUGAGUGUCCAUCGUCACAUUUAAAACAAAAAGUGGACUGCACUGGCUGAACAGCAGGUAGCAAGAUAACCACACUUAACUACUGCAGUAACGACCAAGUAUCUAAAAAAAUUUGAAACCUUCUAGUAAAAUGUACCUUGAAACAGAAGCCUUUGAUAGUUUUGGAGUCACCAGAAGCAAGAUUUCAAACUUAAGACAGCAAUAAUUGCAAUAUUUGCUUGGGGACUGUGGGGGGGAGACAAAAGACCUCCCCCCAAUACUUGGAGAACUGAGCUCUAGAAUAAACAGGUAUAGUGGGGAUCCCUUUCUUCUCGGCUCACAGAUUAGGAUUUUAAGUUAAUUUCUGGGUGGUCCUGAUCAAUAACAGAAUUUGUCCACAUAACUGUAUGUUUUUUCUUCUUUCUGAAUCAGCAACAAAAAGUUUCAGUGAACUUACAACAGGUAUACUACACUGGCCGUAACAUACUUCGCUCACUAACACAUACCAUGUAUGAAAUACAUCUACCCAUCAACUGCAAGCCAAUAUCCAGCACAGAAGCACAGAGGGAAAGUAAGCAAUUUUUAAGCUGACUUUGCAAACAUCAGGAUUGAUAAAAAACAGGUCUCAAAUGUUACAUCACUCUUACAUUGCUUCUCCAUGUAUUACAAACUGUACUAGUAGGUAUGUCUGUAUCUGGGGAGGGGUGCAGAGACAUGCGAGCAGUUAAGACACCGAUGACAUAAAAGAUUAUUUGUAAGCGCUGUUAUGAUUUCAUAGUCCAAACAAUUCCUGCACUUGGCAAAAUGUUUUGCAGCAUUAUCCAAGAAAUGCCCACACAGUACAUGACUCAAAUUUGUCUAUUGUAUAUAUCCAUGCUUGAAAACAUUAUUUGUCUAGCCUGAUAUACUAAUUUGAAAAAUGCAAAGGAGUUUGUUGUCAGCACUGUAUCUGCAACCAUCGUGUCACAUUAAGCUUCCAGUAAUAAAGCCGCCUGUUAUUCUUGGAGUUUCACAUUGCUUGAUACUGAUAUUGUUACUAAAAUUUCCAGACAACCUGUCAUAUAGCUUAAGUUUUAAUCUAAUAAACAACCUUUAGGAAGAAUUACCAUUUCUACAUGAGCUUAAUUAUCCUACCUGAAGAUGUAGUUCUAACAGUAGCAAGGUAUGAUUUGCUUUUCCAACUUCGGCCAAGAUCUGGGCACAGCCGAAAACUGUAAAAGGAAUUGCAAGCCACUACAAAUUCAGGACAAACGAAGUCUCAAACAGGAUGAAAUGAAAGACCAUUUUGUCUAGUCCAAGCCUUCACCAUCUGGCCUCAGGAAGCAGAAACAAAGCUUGUGACUGCUGGCCAGGCAAUACUUGUCUCC